AUGUCAAUCCAAACUCUCCCUGACGAAAUCUGGCUCCAGAUCGCCGAGCACCUGGACUCGACCCCAAGCAUCGCCGCUCUCUGCCGAGUCAACAGUCGGCUCUGCAGCGUCCUGCAGAGGGAACUCUUCCGCGACGCCAUCGAACGAGAUCUUCCCGAGAUCACGACUACAGCUGCAGCCAAUGGACAGCUUGCGGUGCUGAAGGCUGCCGCUGCAUUUGGCGCCGACCUCGGGCGUGUGCGCCCCAUUGCGCCGUCUAUCGAAUUACUGGCCAGCUUCGAACAAUUCGGCAUUGAGUCGUUUUACUCGACGCCGUGUUGGGGCACACCUCUGCAUGUUGCAGCUAGAAACGGCCACAUGCAUGUGGUCAAGUGGUUGAUCGAGCAAGGGGUCAACAUCAAUGCUCCGGCGCGAUAUCUUUGCCACUGCGUCUCGAAUCAGCAGAGCUCGCAAUGGACCAUGACUAAGAAAAUCUUCAGCCAGCGGAUUGCCUGGACGCCGUUGCACCAUGCUCUUUGUGGAGGAAAUGGUGAGAUUGCGCGGUAUCUCAUCUUGAGCGGCGCUUCAUACUCCAUGGUGGUUCCGGCUUCAUCGCCUUCCUGGCCGGACUUGGACUUUCAUAUUGAUGACGAUGAUGAAGACGAAGAGCCGGAAGAGACGUUGCCCGUUUACUGUGCGCCUCAAAUAGUUUGCGAACAAAAACAGAAGCCGCCAGCGAGAUGGACGACGGGCAUUGUGCGUUUCUUCCGUCGAUUUGUUGGCAGUUCCACUGCUAGCACGCAAUGCGCCAGCUGA